AUUUUACAGCUAGGAACCCCGCGUGUAUUUACCUGAAUCAGUAACCCGGACUAACAACGGUGUAACACCAAACUUUGAUUGACAGUAAAUCUAACCAACCAGUCUUGAGUCUAAGCUGGGGCGGGCAUCUAUUGAACCAAUUGACGGCGAGCAGCACGGGCCGCUUGUCAGGUGACUAGGAAGAUCACAUGACAAUUGCACCGCAGUGAAAAGUCCCAGAAGCUGUAAUUUAUUUUUCCAAACAAUUAACUAACAUGGCGUCCGCUCUCACGCAGGGUCUGGAGAGGAUCCCUGAUCAGCUGGGCUACCUGGUGAUCAGCGAGGACGGGGUGCUGGCGUCCGCAGGGGAGCUGGAGAACGACGAGCAGGCUGCGGGGCUCAUCAUGCAGAUGGUGCAGACAGCCUGCCGGUUCAGACUGCACGACGGGACCGAGCCACCCUUCAAACGCCUGUCAGUGGUGUUCGAGGAUCACGCCUACAUGGUGACUGUAUCCGGGCAGAAAGUGUUUGUGGUGAAGCGUCACAACAACCAGCGCGACCCGGUCAUCGCCUAGGAGACAACGACGACGACAGCCAAUCACAGCCUAGGGCUACGCCUGCUCGCUCACUCCCUGAUUGGGUUGUUUAUUUAAAAGGGGCGGGCUAUGUGACUUCAGAGACUUUAUUGCAAAAAGGGAGGAGGAGGAGGGAGGAGGGAGGAGGGAGGAGGGAGGAGGGGGGGUUGAAACGCCUGCUUGCUGUUUAAGCGUAUUGAUGUUUUGUGGGAUUAGUGGGGUUUGCAAAUUGCCCUUAAGCAGAAGCAUUGUAAAGUAUCUGCAUAUACAAUAAAUCUAUAAUAAGAAGAUGUAAUUGUAA